CUAAAGCCUUCUGGCAAGAUACCAUCUGGUUCAUCAAACUGUACGGCGUUUGGGAUUUGCACAUCUCCCUCUGCCCCUCCUUGCCCUUUGGCUCCACAUGGCCCUUACAAAGUUCUGCUGCAUCAGAUUAGCCCACUUGCUUUGCACCAGGCCUGUUAUCAGGCCAUACGGGAGCUUGAGAAACCAGUUGACCGGGCUCGUGGUCAGUUAGGUCUUGAGCUGGUUGCUACUCGAGAUUUGAACCCGAAUCAAUGCACGGAUUCGAUCUUGCAACCAGAUAUAAAUUCAGAGCGGGCAGUAAUCCAAGGCACCAAUCAUGAGCUAAUUCGAGACCAAGGCCAGCCAACUGGACAGUUAGGGAUUGCCAAGCAGCCCGAGAUCGAUCUUGGAUCUGGUACUCAAACAGCAUUGCCAGUUUUUGAGAAAAAUUCGUCUUCAGAAGCGCGUUUCCAUAAGCAUGAUGCCACUGCGCUUCCCCAUCAGAGUCCACCUAUAUCGAGUUUAGAAGAUAUAAAUAUUUCAAUGCCAAAUCGAAACUCUCGGAAGUGUGUAUCAGCGGACUCCAAUGCAAUGUCUUCAGAGCUAACAGAAUCAAAAAUCUCUGAUUAUCGGCCACCUCUGGCAAAGAGGCCAUGCCGUCCCGGGGACUUGGCUUCCGGUAUCAAAGCAUCUGCUGAUAAGCAUUUGAAAGCGACUACUUUAUCCUAUCCCUUGGCUUCGGAUAAUCGCAACCUGGCAGAGGUCCAGUCUUUAGGUCAGUCUUCAGAAUCAGUCUCGCUGCCCGAAUGCACGCAUAUGCUGUUGUUAUAUCUAUCAAUGGGGAUAGAGUCUUCUCGACCUGCUGACGCAACUGAUAUGACUAUCAUGUAG